GCGGAUUGGCUGGUUCAAUCUUGAGCAGCUCUUUUUGAAUUGUGUGUGGGACUGUUUAUUUCGCAGCAGUGGCUCCAUGUAGUCGGACAGAGAGGCUGCACGUCUCUUCAGAUAACCACUGAAUACGACACAGAAGAAAAGAAGUUAUUCGGCUUUUAAGCUUUCAGGUUGAAAUCCCUUUGAGAUAAAGGGUCCGCCACGAUGGCGAUGAAUUUGGGUGUUAAAGCUCUUCUCGGCUGGGUUAACAGUAUUAAACUGUCCGACCGAGAAAUACGCAUUGACGAUUUACAAGAUGGGACACACUUACUUAAAGUUGUUCAUAUGCUGAAAAAGGAGCCCAUCCCCUGUUCAAGUGGCAUUGAGGAUCGAUUCAAGCUCAUUAGAGACUUUGUGGAAAGGGACUGCAGAUUUAGUUCAACCCAAGGCACUCUGUUGUCGUGGGACAACAUAAGAGAUGGCAUCAACCUAACAGUAGAAAUUGCAAAGGUGCUUUUGUGUCUCAUUUACCACGACCUCAUGAAUGAGCGUUCUACUGUACACAUGUUGAAAAUCGAUGAAGAGCGAGAGAUUGCCACCCUAACUGGAAGCUAUGUGAUGGAAAGCGAGGACUCUGUUUAUUUGAACAGUAGCCUGGAUUCAUAUUUGGCACGGAGACAUUUGCCUGUUGCCCGUGAAAUAUUUGAGCAAUCAACAACCACUUCUAGCUCCAGCGUGUCAACUAUGUCCCCACUCUCAGAUGACCCCCCCAUCUUCCACCGCACACAGAAAAUCACAUUUCUCGACAUGCAAACUGUGGCUUCUUCCUCAGUCAGCAAGUCUCCUCUGCAGGAUAUCAUGAACACACCCAAAUUUCAGAUGAGAAAAAUGCAGCGUCAGAUGAUCAAGGAGAGAGACUACAGAGAUGGGUUGGAGAGGGAACUGGCCAGCAAGCUUACACUCAUUGCACAGAGAGAGACUUGUAUUAAUCAGUUACAGUACCGCCUGGAUAAGCUGAAAGAAGAACACACAGAUGAGGAGCAGGUUAUCAGGGAACAAAUCAAUGAGCUUGAGACCAAGAACAACACGUUACAAAUGCGUUUUAAUGAGAUGUUAAAGCAAAAUAAAGACUUAAAGAGUACCUCCUCACUUAUGGAGCGCAAAGUGGAUGAGCUCACAGAUGAAAAUGGUGCACUCUCUUCCCAGAUGAGAGCAGUGUGUUCACAGUUGGCCAUCUUUGAGGCAGAAGUCGGCAGGCUGACAGAAAACCAAGCAUCUGCCCAGGAGGAGUGGACAAGCAAAAUAAAUCACCUAGAGUCUGAACUCAACAAAGCUACAGCUCUAAAGGAGCUACUGACUGAACAAAUUCAGAUACUCCAGGGAAAGAUUUCCUGUUUGGAGGAUGAACUAAGCAGGGCCUCAAUGGAAGAAGUAGGAGAGAAUAUGGGGCCUGUAAUAGAGAGAGAAAUGUUUGAGACUGAAAUCAACAGUUUGAAGAAUAAGCUGGAGAGCACAGUCAGCUCUCUGAAAAUAGCUGAGGUAGAGAUUGAGGCCAAAAAACAACACCUGGCAGAGUAUCAAGAAGAAAUGACUAAGCAGAUGGAUCUCCUAAAGCAACAAAAGUCCCAAGCUGAAGAAAUGAUUCAAGCCAAGGAUGAAAUUUUAGACAAAUUGCAAAAGGAGAUCAAUGAGCAGAGAGUAGUCCUUCAGGAAGAGAUCCAGGAUCUGAAGCUUCAGCUUGAGAAAGUUGAGCAGCAGAAAACGGAGCAGAUGACCAGACUACAACAGCAUAUUGCUGCUUGUGAACAAGAAGUUAAAAAUCUAAAGGACAUUAAGAAAGAGAAGGAAGACCUUCUCCACCAGGCUGAAGAAAAUAUGAAAGAUCUUGAGACAAAGUUGUGUGCUGUCAGUUCUCUUUUGGCCGAUAAAGACCAACAAAUUAACAAUCUCAGAAAAGAAGUUGAUAUUCUUGCAGAUGAAACUAAAAGUGACAAAAAUGAAAUUCAGGCCAAAGACGAGAUGUAUGCCAAACUACUUCUGGAGAAGGCUAAUGAGCAAGACAUGUUUAACAAUACAAUCCAGACCUUAACUGCCCAAGUGGAAGACCAUAGCUCAUGUCUUAAGCAGGCUGAGCAGGAAAUACAACUUAAACAAGAUCUACUAGCUAAAACCCAACAAGACAAUAUUCAACAAAGGGAGGCACUCCAACAACAGAUUGUGGCCUGUGAAGAGGAGGUUCAGAAGUUAAACAAGGAGAUACAGGAGAAAAACGAACAGCUCAUUGUUCUAAAGAAUGACAGUUCUCAACAGGCUGAAUCACUGGAGCAAGAAAUUAAAGGUCUAAAAGACCAACUAGACAGACUGAGUGACUCGCUUAGAAAGGCUGAGGAACAAGUUCAAGCUCAGCAGGUCAUACUUACAAAGCAGGACCAGGAAAGUGCUCAACAGACUGAGCUCCACCAGCAACAACUAUCAGCUUCUGAAGAGAAAGUAAGGAACAUGAAGGAAGCAAUCCAGACCAAAGAGGAACAGAUGAACCUGUUGAAACACCAAAGCUCAGAGCAGUCAGAAAUACUACAUCAAGAGAUCCAAGAUUUAAAGAAACAAGUUGAGUGUCUUAGUUCCUCGCUAAGAAAUGCUGAAGACACUUUGCAAUCCAAGGAAAGCCUGUUUGCUGAACAGCAGCUACAGAGCACCCAGAACAAGGAAGCACUCCAGAUGCAGAUGGUAGCAUCUCAAGAUGAGGUGAAGAGGCUAAAUGCAGAGAUUGACACAAAGGAGGAGCAGUUAAUUCUGUUAAAGACUGAGACUUCUACACACUCUGAAUCGCUACAGCAGGAGAUCGAAAGUCUGAAUAAACAGAUUAAAAAUAUGAGCAUUUCUCUUGAACUUGCCAAGGAACAGGUUCAAGCCAAAGAAGAUUUGAUGGCCAAGCAGGAGCAGGAGAGAACUCUGCAGAUUGAGGAACUUGGAAAACACAGUGCAGUUCUUGGGGAGGACAUCAGUCGGUUGAAGGAGGAGAUCCAAACUAAAGAGGGCGAGGUAAACCUGUUGAAGGCUGAGAACUGCAAGGAGUCAGAAGUCCUACAGAAUGAGAUCCAAACUCUUAAAGACCAAGUACAAAGUUUGAACGAAUCCUUGAAGACUGUAACAGAGCAGGUACAAGUAAAAGAAAACCUGCUGACUCAGAAGGAAAUGCAGAUUUCUCAGGAAAAAGAUCAAUUUCAAAUCUUAAUGACAACCUCAGAAGGGGAGAUAAGAGAGCUUCGGGAGCAGAUCCAGGCUAAAGAGGAACAGCUGACCACACUACAAAAAGACGGCUCAAUGAACUCUGAGAUGCUACAGAAAGAUAUCACUUGUCUCAAAAACCAACUGUCAAAUAUGACUGAAUCACUUGCAAAGGCUGAGGACAAGGUUCAGACUCAGCUGGUUAUGCUCACCAAACAGGAGCAGGACAGCACUCACCAGAAGGAGCUGCUCCAGCAACAACUGUCAGCUUCUGAGGAAGAGCUAAGGAAGAAGAAAGAGGAGAUCCAAGCCAAAGAGGAACAGAUUACACUGCUAAAGACUGGCAGUGCAAAGCAGUCAAAAAUACUACAUCAAGACAUCCAAGAUUUAAAGAAACAAGUUGAGUGUCUUAGUUCCUCGCUGAGAAAUGCUGAGGACACUUUGCAAUCCAAGGAAAACCUGUUUGCUGAACAGCAGCUACAGAGCACCCAGGACAAGGAAGCACUCCAGAUGCAGAUGGUAGCAUCUCAAGAUGAGGUGAAGAGGCUAAAUGCAGAGAUUGACACAAAGGAGGAGCAGUUGAUUCUGUUAAAGACUGAGACUUCUACACACUCUGAAUCGCUACAGCAGGAGAUCGAAAGUCUGAAUAAACAGAUUAAAAAUAUGAGCAUUUCUCUUGAACUUGCCAAAGAACAGGUUCAAGCCAAAGAAGAUUUGAUGGCCAAGCAGGAGCAGGAGAGAACUCUGCAGAUUGAGGAACUUAGAAAACACAGUGCAGUUCUUGGGGAGGACAUCAGUCGGUUGAAGGAGGAGAUCCAAACUAAAGAGGGCAAGGUAAACCUGUUGAAGGCUGAGAACUGCAAGGAGUCAGAAGUCCUACAGAAUGAGAUCCAAACUCUUAAAGACCAAGUACAAAGUUUGAACGAAUCCUUGAAGACUGUAACAGAGCAGGUACAGGUAAAAGAAAACCUGCUGACUCAGAAGGAAAUGCAGAUUUCUCAGGAAAAAGAUCAAUUUCAAAUCUUAAUGACAACCUCAGAAGGGGAGAUAAGAGAGCUUCGGGAGCAGAUCCAGGCUAAAGAGGAACAGCUGACCACACUACAAAAAGACGGCUCAAUGAACUCUGAGAUGCUACAGAAAGAUAUCACUUGUCUCAAAAACCAACUGUCGAAUAUGACUGACUCACUCGCAAAGGCUGAGGACAAGGUUCAGACUCAGCUGGUUAUGCUCACCAAACAGGAGCAGGACAGCACUCACCAAAAGGAGCUGAUCCAGCAACAACUGUCAGCUUCUGAGGGAGAGGUGAGGAAGUUGAAAGAGGAGAUCCAAGCUAAAGAGGAACAGAUUACACUGCUCAAGGCUGACAGUGCAAAGCAGUCAGAAAUACUACAUAAAGACAUCCAAGAUUUAAAGAGACAGGUGGAGGCUCUUGGCUCCUCACUGAGAGAGGCUGAGGAGGAUAUGCAGUCCAAGGAACAUCUGCUGGCUCAACAACAACAAGAAAAUACUCAACAGAGGGAGGCACUCCAAAGCCUACAGGAGAAAGUCAAACAAGUGGAGAUUCUGCAGAAACAGAUUCAUUCACAAAAAGAAGAGAUUCAAAAGGUAAAAGAGUCUCAGAGUGACAAAGAUGGCUUCCUUCUCAAAGCUGAGGAGAAGCUUCAGAUGCUCCAGACUGAGUUGUCUGCUGUCAAUACUCUCGUAGCUGAUAAAGACCAAAUUAUGAAUACUCUCAGAGAGGAGGUUGCUACUCAAGCUAACUUGGUUCAAAAAGCAAAAGAGGAAGCUGAAGUCAAUGACAAAAUGUUGGCUCAGAUAAAGGAGGAGAACUCCAAACAGACAGAUGUUCUUCAACAUGAGAUCCAUAAUCUGAAAGAGGAAGUGGAAAGAAUUUCUCUAAAUCUUCUGGCUAAAGAGCAGAUGUUACUUCAAACUCGGAUGGAGUCUGCACAGCAGAUAGACCACAUCCAGCAGCAGCUUGUCACAGUAAAUGCACAGACCCAAGCUGCACAGGAGUUACAGGUUGCUACAUUUAAGGAAAAGGAAGCUCUCCUUCAAGAAAAAGAAGGACUGAUGGCCAGGAUCCUCCAGGUGGAAAAGGAUCGGAGCGCUCUGGAGAAACGACAGGAAGCCUUAGUCUAUGAGAAGGACAGACUUGCUCAAGCCAAUCAGACCAUAGAGAGAGAGAACCUGGCCUCUCAUAAACUGGAAUCAGUGCUACAACAGGAGUUGGAAAUACUGAAAAUGGAGAAGGAGAAACUCUUGAAAGGGAGAGAAAAAGCUGAACAAAUUGAGAUUCUGAAGAGAGACCUUCAGGAACAGCUCUCAGCCAAAUCAGAAGCUGCAGAACACUACAAGGCACAGAUGGACAAGGCAGUGAGUCAUUACAAUAGCAAGAAGCAGCUUCUCCAGGAAAGCCAGGAGGAGGUGGCUGAACUAAAGCAGUCUUUAGAGGUUAAAGACCGUGAAGUAAAGGCCAUUACCAUGGAGAACAAGAUGCUUCAACUGGAUUUGGACAAGACCCAAACCAAUGAGAAGAGACUUGUGAACAUGGUGGCCAGUUUGGAAGCACAGCUGGCCUUCGCUGACCGCAACCUGCGGGCACAGAAUAAGAUUCAUGGAAAUGAAAGGAGUACAACAGAGUCGUGUUACUUGGAGGUUCCCAACACACAUUCAAGUGUUCACACUAGAGCCCAAGUGAAGAGGAGCAUGAGCUCUGACAGCCUGGACCAGAGCUCUCUGGAGGACUCUCUGAACUCCACAAGGAAACUUUCUGCACCUGAUGAAUCAAGCACGCCACUUGUUCGCAGCUCAGAGCGUUUGGCCGCCAAGCGCCGGGGUCUACAGGCCGAAUCACUGGAAACACUUUACUUCACACCUAUAAACGCCAGACAGAUGAACAGGACCAUUACAGAGAAUAACAUAGAUCUGGAUUCAGCGCGGAAAAAUCCAACUUCAUCUGUCAAACGACGCAGGACCACGCAGGUUAUUAACAUCACCAUGACCAAGAAAACCCCAGGCGGCGGUGAAGGUGAUGAGACUUUCUACAGCAUGACCUCAGCUCGCUCCCAUCCAAACCUCCCCAGUGCCCACUCUGCACGACCUGUGUCUAUGGAGCUGUUUGACACACCUGUCAGAACGUCUGGUACUGCCGGCGACCAGCUUGUCGGUCUUCCAGGGUACAGACGGAGCACAAUCCAUUCACAGCCCACUAGUACAUUCUGUGUGGGGGCAGAGAACGAGCCAGAUGGUGCACCUGAAGACUGGAUGAGGAUUGCCGAGCUCCAGGCCAGGAACAAGGCCUGUCCUCUUCAUCUAAAGAGCAGCUACCCUGUAGAGUCUGAAACUGUCCGUAAUAGUGCUUUCUUUUUGACUGACGAAGAACUUCGUAUGGGUGACCCAUCUGACACAAUCCGUCGGGCAUCCAUGAUGCCUAGCCAACUGCAAGACUCUCUCGCCUCCCGUCGGCACUCCCUUAUGAUAGGACACACAGGUGCUGCAGCCGGUACUCGUUCUCAUCGUAUGUCCUUGAUGCCGGGCCAGCUGCCAUCAAAAACAGUCAGCACUCAGCUGAAAAGUCCAAAAGGCACAAAACGGUCUUCAUCUACAUUGUCUGUACAUCAAACUUCUCCUGAGAAAAAGGUUAAGGCCAGCUGCUUCCCCCGUCCACUCACUCCCAAAAACAAGAACGUGAUGGCUGGAUCCUCGAGCUCUCAGCUUCACCCUGCCCUCAGUCCAGCUGAGCGGCGGCAGUCUAUGAUGUUCACUGUUGAGAACACCCCUAAAAACAGCAACUACUUGAAGAAAGGGCUGAAUAAACUGCGCAGUUCCACACGAAAAUCUCCAGGCAAAAGUUCAAAGAAGUCACCUGCUCAGACAUCUGCACACAGGUCCCGGGAAAACAUACCUUCAGGAAAUUCUCGUGCUGGAAUGGGACGGGCAGGCAAAAUUGGCGGCUUUAAGUCACCCCAGGAGAUGACUAAAGCACAGAGGAAGUCUCCACGAGCCACCAGCAGGACUGCAAAGUCUCCUGGACUGACGUCUAGUGCUCGCAAGAAGCGUAUGUCUGUAAAUGAAGAAAAUCUUGCUGGAAGUCGCCAAAGAUGAUGCGCAGGAUGAAGGUGUGAGACUGGUUCCCAUACAGUCCCACUACGCUUUUACUACGCUUCAGUUUCUUUUCACAAAUGAAGUUUUGACUUAAUGUUGUCCUGCAGGACUUUUUACAAUCUUCUACAUUUUUACUUCUUUAUUUGUAUUAUAUUUACAUGUUUGUUAAUAAAAUGUUUUUAAAUGACA